CAAUGGCUGUGUGUGAUGCUAGCGAAAGCCUCCCAAAGUUGCAGAUUGAAGCCGUGAUGAGUGUACGGCCGGUGAAGGUGUCAGAACCACGACGAGUUCGCCGGGUUUUGAUGAGUGACACUGACUCAAUUGUGAAGACAAAGGGCAUUCAUGGAUGCUACCAAAUCGUUCUCUACUACGAGUCGUUGAAGGAGGAAGAGGGUGACAAGUUUUUGGCUGGUUGGAUUGUGGAGUCACUAGGCAGUGCUCUGGUGGAACACCCACUUCUUUCUGGGAGGCUCAAAAAGAAGGACAGUGACCAGGACGAGACAGUGUUGGAGAUUGUGCCCAAUGAUUCUGGUAUUCGACUCUACGAGGUUCGCUUCCCCAUGCUCCUGUCGAAGUUUCUUUCCUUGAGAGCUGAAAAGGAGCAUCUUGAGGCCGAGCUUGUCUUUUGGAAGGAAAUUGAUCAACACAAUCCUCAGUUCUCUCCUCUCUUUUACGUCCAGGUGACCCACUUUGAAUGUGGAGGAUACACAGUAGGUAUUAGCUGCAGUCUUCUCUUGGCAGAUGCGUUGGUGGUAGAGAACUUCCUGAAGACUUGGGCUGACAUUCACAACAGCAUGUUACUCCAAAGAGAAGAGAUUAAAGCACCUAUAUUUCACCACUCUCAUCUCGUAAAAAACGACCAGCCUCCCCCUGCUGAAGUGAUCAACCGCACCAGAUGCGGAAAAGCACAGAGCAUGGCAUUCAAGUUCAUUGGCAAAGACUUAAAUUUGAACCAGGAAUUUUGGAGGGAAGUUGCCAUGCUGUGCGUCGAGGAAGCGGAGCAAAAGCUUGACAAAAAAGUUUGGACAGAGUUUAGUUUGUUUGUGAAAGAAAUGUGUGAGGUCAUGAAAGUAGAGGGUCACUCAAAGAGUGGAUACUGUAAGAAAGUGUUGGACCAAAGCCUAAAGAAUGAAAUCAGUGGUGGCACGUGGAAUGAUUUUGGAGAGUUCGUAAUGUUUCAUGAAGGAAACAAGCCUGUGCAUGUUUCUCGUUGGAUCGGAUCAAUUGCUGAUGAUGGGAAUGUUGUAGUAAUUCCAUGUCCGGAGGAAAAGGCCUCAGCUGUGAUCAUAGUGUCUCUCCCUUGAGAAGGAAAUCUAAAUGGUUUAAAUUGUACCAAAUUAACAGCUUCUGCUGCUGGAAAUGUUUUUAAUUUCGUGUC